AUGGACACCUGGGAAUCGAGCAACCGCUUUGCAAUCCUCCAGCGAGACGCUACGGACCCUCCCCCUCCGCCAGCGCCUGCAGUGCGUUCCUACGCCGCUGCAGCAGCCGCAGCUCGUCCAGAUGCGCCUCCCGAACCGCCAGCAGCGCCCCGCCCUUCCGCUCCCCCGAAACCCGCGCCCCGCACCUCCCUCAUCGCCGGUACCGCAGACCUCCCCGCGACGCACUUCCUCCGCGCCCUCCCCGAACACCGUAUCCUCCCCUGCGUGCGCAAGAUGCUGGUCAGCUCGUCCCUCGACCCCUCGACCCUCGUCUACGCCCGUCGCAUGGAGAGAGGCGACGUACAACUCGUCACGCGAGGACCCUCGGCUGCCGACCUCCUCCGCCGCGCCCUCUCCGCCUACUCGGCCGAGAUCUUGGUGAAGAUGCCGGUCGAGGCAACGUUGUUGGUGCUGCACUGGGUGCCGGUCGAUGCGGACGAGGUGGAGGUGAGAGAGAAGGUGGAGGAGUGGUUCGGCGAGGGAAAGGUCGCCGGAGCCAGGUGGCUGUCGCGGCGGGCGGACAAGUCGUAUGGAUCGUGGUUGGUCGAGCUGUGCAACGCGGAGGACGUCAGCGUGAUCCUGCGCAAGGCAGUCCGCCAACUCAGACCCGGAGUGUGGGUGGAGCUGGAGAGGGCCAAGUCGGUGGCGGAGAGGAGAGCGGAAGCGAGCAAGCAGGCAAAUAGGGCGAACGCACCUCUCGGUCCCGGUACCCGCACAUCCACCCCGGUCCACAACUCCGCCGCUCCCUUCCCCUCGCCCGUUCCGACUAUCCCGGCUCCGCCUCGCACGCCACCCCGCUCGACUGGGUACGCGACAAUGAUCUCCGGGUUCCUCGGCACGGCGGCGAGCGCAGGCAAGCCGAACAACUCGUCGCGGAUGAUGGUCGACGAGUCCUCAGCCGACGGCCCUUCUCGCUUCCUCGAGACGCCGUCCAGGGCAUCCCUGAUCCCGCUCCCUCGUUCGCCGACCCCGACAGUCGACGACCUGCGACCCGAGCCAGUGGCGGACUGGUCGAUGGAUGUGGAAGAAGAAGGGGGCGGAAGGGAGGCGAGAGGCGAGUCGGAGGGGGAGGAGGACAUGUCGACGGAGACGGAUGGAGCGGCGGGAGGCGUGAGCGAGAAGGACGGGAGGAAGACGGAAGAGAAGAGGAGUGAGGCGAAGAAAGGGGAGGGCGAGGAAGCGCCGAAGGGGAGGGAGUCGAGGAGGUUGGCGCUGAGGGAGAAGAACCUGCCGCAGACCGAAGGAGCUCGUCGUCUCGUCAUCCGAGGACGAGCUGCUACUCCGCCCCAACCCGCCGCUGCCGCCUUCGCAAGUGAGGAGGUCAACGAAGACGAGCCUCCGUUUAUGAGCGAGCUCGUCAUCGUCACGUACAACAUCCACCGUAGUCCAGACAUCUGGACACAACUCGUCAACUCGCCUGCACUUUGGCGAGUCGACGUGCUCCUCCUUCAAGAAGUGCCCAAGUCCCUCCAUCCCUUGCCGCGCGGCUGGUCGCUCGUCCUCCCCCCGCCCGUCACAUACACGACAAACGAGCCAACGCACCCGCGAUCCGCUGCGCUCGUCUCCCCGCGUUUCCCGCCCUCCGCCUUCUCGCAACUUCCGGUCAUGUGGAGGGACGUUGUCGGCGUCGACCUGCGAGUCAACGAGCGCGAGUCAGUACGGAUUAUCGGCGUGUACAACCCGUGCGCAGGCGGUCGCUCCCCUCCGAACCGCUCUGUCCGAGACGUCCUCCCCGCUAUCCUCGCCUCAUUGCCGGCGCAGAACACCCUCAUUAUCGCCGGCGAUUUCAACCUCCACCAACCCUCCUGGGACUCGUCCGUACUGGAAGCCGACGACGACGCUGAGGAGGCGCGACUCACCUUUGAGGAUGCGGGACUCGUCCAUUUGCACGAGGCGGAAGAGGCGACAUGGGCGUCAUCGAGGUCGAGUCGAGUCCUUGAUCUGGUGCUCGGGAAUCUGCGAGCGGAGGAGAAGCUGGUCAGCUCGAUGAUCGACGAGGCUCUCGAGUACGGGUCGGACCACCGCCCGAUACGCACCGUCCUCGCCUUCGAGCAAACCGAUCGCUCACCGGCAUACCCUCGUCGGCUCUUCCGUAAAGCCGACCCAGCAGCCAUCCUCCGCACGUAUGCCAGGCUCGCCACCUCGUCCACAGCACCCGACGAUUUCCUCACACCUACCGACAUCGACGCCGAAGCGGAGACGCUCGACCUGCUGCUCCGCGAGACCGUGUCGUCCGCCGUCCCGCUCGCCAAGCCGUCACAUUCACGCUUCGCACAUUGCUGGUGGAGUGCCGAAGUCGCUGGAGCCGCGGACGACGCGAGACGAGCGACGACUCGGGCGUAUCGGACGAAGGCGAGAGUCGGAGAGGGAGAAGAGGCGGAUACGGCAACGCGAGCGGCGAAGGUGGCGACGAAUAAGGCGAAGGCUUUAAUCAGGCGAGAGAAGAGGAGGGCGGAGAGGGCGGAAGUUGAGGAGGUCAACGAGGCGUCUUUGUGGAAGGUCGUGAAGAGGGUACUGGGGGAAGGAGGAUCAGCAGCCGCGUCGACGCCGCCACUCAAGAAGGACGACGGGACGUACGCAACAUCGCCCACCGACAAGCUUGCGCUCCUCCAGCCCGUCCUCUUGCCCGUCGUCGAGCCGCAAGUCGCCGAGCAGGAACCUAUGGACAAGGGGAUUGGGCGGACCGUCAGCGGGGUACAAGUAGGUCACCAGUUUGUUGUCCUACCCGCUACGAGUCCAACAGACGACCGCCACGCGAGUGAGCACAAACGCACCUCCGCAGAACCGCCCGCAAGCCGCUCCUACCAAGCAGACCCAGACGACGCCGAUGACGCCAGCGCGGUCGAACGCGAAUGGCCGGACCUGCAGGAGCACGAAGUCGAGUCAGCUCUCCGCCUCGCACGCCCGUUUGCCGCUUCCGGCCCCGACGGAGUCCCCAACUUCGGUCUCCAAGCCGUCUGGCCCGCCCUCAAAGCCCGUCUCGUUCUGCUCCUCACCGCCUCGCUCCGCCUUGGUCACCUCCCAACGAGCUGGCGCGAUGCGACCGGCGUUGUCUUGAAGAAACCGAAGAAGGACGACUACUCCCUCACCAAGUCGUACCGGCUCAUCUGCUUCGAGCGCUGCAUCAGCAAGCUGCUCGAGUCGAUUGUAGCGAGGCGUAUCACGCACCUCGCAGACUCGCUCAAGCUCCUCCCGCGGAACCAUUUCGGCGCUCGACCUGGUCGAUCUGCCGAAGACGCGGUUGUCUGCUUCGUGGACGAGAUCAGGCGUCAGUGGCGGAACGGAAACGUUGUACUCGGCAUCGCGCUCGACGUCGCCAAGGCGUUCCCGUCGGUCCGGACCAAGGUCCUGGUUCGGGACAUGGCGGAGAAGGGCUUACCGCGCUCGCUCCUCCGCUGGGUCGAGUCGUUCAUGACAAGCCGGACGUGCACGCUGCGAUUGGAAGGAGUCAGCAGCGAGCCAGUCGAGUGGAGGAGCGGACUACCGCAAGGCUCACCUCUCAGCCCAAUUCUGUUCCUCCUCUACAACUCCGGUGCGCUCGACGCCUGCGAGACGCCCACCUCGACAGCAUUUGGCUGGGUGGACGACUUGAACGUCCUGACCUGGGGAAGGAACGUUGAGGAGGCGGUCAGCGCAGCUCAGCGGAUCGUCCCCGGCCUCGAGACAUGGUCGGCGACGCACCACAGCUUGUUCGAGCCCUCCAAUACCCUCGUCACUCGCUUCUUGACCGCGCGAGACCGGUCGCCCGACGACCCGAAGGUCGUGCUGUGCGGCGAGGAACUCGAGUACUCGUCAGCGCUCGGAAUGCUCGGUGUGACAAUCGAUGAGCGGCUCACCUUCAAGCAGCACAUCGCGUCGUGCGCUGCAAAAGCGUCGAGGGCGAUGGUCGGAGUUGGGUUGCUGGCGAAGAGCCGGGGCGGGCUGAAGGCGAAGUAUGUGAGGCGGCUUGUCGAAGCGGUGGUGCUGCCGCGGUUGACGUGGUGCGCGGCUGCGUGGUACAAGCCGGGAACGAUCGGCAGUAAGGUGCUAGAGCAGGUACAGGAGGCUGCUGCACGCUUCGUCACGGGCGGGUACCGGACGACCUCCCUCGCCGCGCUGGAAGUCGAGGCGAACCUCCUCCCGCUCGACCUCCGCCUGACCCACCAAGUUCUCCGGCUCGCCCUACGCCUCGCCUCAAGUCCCUCAGACUCAGCGCUCCAUGCCCGGUUCCGGCUCGCCCGACCCGCCAUGCCCGCCAAACACCCGUCCCCGAUCCACCUCGCCCUCCACUCCUUCCCGGCUCUCCUUCAGCCCCGCACCCGAGUCGAACCCAUCGCCUACUCACCUCUCGCGCCAUGGGCGAGCCCGCCGCGCUGCCGGCUCGUCGUCGACGUGUCGAAAGAGGCGUCGGUCAAGUCGCACGGGCGGGAAGUCCUCGCGCUCGAUGCCGCGGGAGGCCUGGCCGCGUAUUCGGACGGCUCGCUGCUGGAGAGUCGAGCUGGCGCGUCGGCAGUCGUGCGUUUCGGCGCAGGAGAGGAGGGGCUGUGGGGGAAGAAGGCAAGGGCGAUGGGUCAGUACCAGUCGGUGUACGCAGCGGAACUGGAGGGCGCACGCCUGGCGCUCGACGGCCUCCAGCAGUCCCUCAGCAGCAUCCCAGCAUCCUCAGCCACCCUCUUCAUCGACAACCACCGGACAGUCCGCUCGACUCGCCCUCCGCGCGAUCACCCAGCAGCCCAACUCACCCUGCAGUGGCUUGCCGGCCAUCUCGAGGUGCCGGGAAAUGAGCUGGCGGACGAAGAAGCGAAGCGGGCGGCGGGAGUUGGAGAUGACGAGGUGGGGAAGUCAAAGGGAGGGCUUGCGGGCGGGCGCGGCGGGCGCAGGGGCGGUCUGAAGGUGUUCAGGCCGCACAGCAGCAGCAGCAGCUCGUCGUCAGCGGACGAGAGCGGGUGGGAGGAGGACGAGGAGGAGCGGGCGACUUGCCUCGAGCGCGAAGUCGCUCGCCUCGGUCGACUCGACUCCUCAACGCUUGCGGGCCCCGAUGGGCUCGUCAAAGGAGGCAUUCUGCUGCCGAAAUCGCUCUCGUUGCUCAAGCAGGCUCACCGCGCCGUCCUGCUCGCGGAAUGGACUCGUCGUUGGACACUCUCCUCAUCGCCAGGCGCCGGUCUUCGCGCUGUCGACGCUCGUUCACCCGGACCACCCUUCGUCCGUGCCCUACACUCCCUCGACAGAGUUCACACCAUCCUCCUCGCACGGCUCCGGCUGGACUUCAACGACUUGGGUUCAUCGAAGGCGAGGAUGGGCCUUGGGACGGGACUCUGCGAGUGCGGCGAGGCGGUGGAGACCCGCCAGCACUACAUCCUCGAGUGCUCGCUCUACACGGACGAGCGCCAGCAGCUCCGGCACGAAAUCGGCUCGUUGAACCUCAAAAUGGACAAGAUCUUUUCUCCUCGCUUCUUCCGGCCUUUGCUUCGUUUUAUCCUCGCUUCCUAUCGCUUCUCACAGCUGUACGCUCCUCUCCCUUCUGUAGCCGCUGAGGCGUCUGGCGGCUCGCCCUCGUAG